CGUGCCGAGAAAGGGGCGGUGCACGCUUGCUGUCCCCAGCGGAGCGGCGGUCCCCCGACAUGCCGGAGGAGGCGGGCCUCCCGCCGGCCAAGAGAUUCCGGCCGGGCUCCUGCCCUCCCGGGAAGCGAGUGGUGAUGCUGUUGACGGCUGGCGGCGGCGGCGGAGCAGGAGGAAGCCGGAGGCAGACGCCGCCGCUGGCCCAGCCGUCGGCCAGUCCCUACCGCGAGGCCCUGGAGCUGCAGCGCCGGAAUCUGCCCAUCUUCCGGGCGCGGGGGCAGCUAUUGGCCCAGCUCCGAAACCUGGACAGUGCGGUCCUCAUCGGGGAAACUGGCUCUGGGAAGACGACUCAGAUCCCACAGUACCUCUAUGAAGGGGGAAUUAGCCGCCAGGGCAUCAUUGCUGUGACCCAGCCCCGUCGAGUGGCCGCCAUCUCGCUUGCUACUAGAGUCUCCGAUGAGAAGAGGACUGAACUCGGGAAGCUGGUUGGCUAUACUGUGCGCUUUGAGGAUGUCACUUCGGAAGACACCAGGAUCAAGUUCCUUACAGAUGGCAUGCUUCUUCGAGAAGCAAUUUCAGACUCCUUGCUUCGAAAGUACAGCUGUGUCAUUUUGGAUGAGGCCCACGAGCGGACUAUCCACACAGAUGUGCUCUUUGGGGUGGUGAAGGCAGCGCAGAAGAGGCGAAAGGAGCUAGGGAAACUGCCUCUCAAAGUGAUUGUGAUGUCGGCUACCAUGGAUGUUGACCUGUUUUCUCAGUAUUUCAAUGGAGCCCCUGUCCUCUACCUUGAAGGUCGGCAGCAUCCCAUCCAGAUUUUCUACACCAAGCAGCCUCAGCAGGAUUACCUGCACGCAGCGCUUGUCUCGGUCUUCCAGAUCCACCAGGAAGCCCCUUCGUCUCAAGACAUCCUGGUGUUCCUUACUGGUCAGGAGGAGAUCGAAGCAAUGAGCAAGACCUGCCGAGACAUUGCAAAGCACCUCCCUGACGGCUGCCCCGCAAUGCUCGUCCUUCCUCUGUACGCCUCCCUGCCCUACUCUCAGCAGCUGCGAGUCUUUCAAGGGGCCCCAAAGGGCUAUCGCAAAGUGAUCAUUUCAACCAACAUCGCUGAAACCUCCAUAACCAUUACAGGAAUAAAAUAUGUAGUUGACACGGGCAUGGUUAAAGCAAAGAAGUAUAACCCUGACAGUGGUCUUGAGGUCCUAGCUGUACAGCGAGUGUCAAAGACCCAGGCCUGGCAGCGAACUGGGAGGGCUGGCCGAGAGGACAGUGGCAUCUGCUACCGGCUCUACACUGAGGAUGAAUUCGAGAAGUUUGAGAAGAUGACAGUGCCAGAAAUCCAGAGGUGUAACCUAGCAAGUGUGAUACUGCAACUCCUAGCAAUGAAAGUCCCAAACGUGCUCACCUUUGACUUCAUGUCCAAACCAUCUCCAGAUCACAUUCAGGCGGCCAUUGCCCAGCUGGACCUGUUAGGUGCUCUUGAACAUAAGGAUGACCAGCUUACCCUGACUCCAAUUGGAAGAAAGAUGGCAGCAUUUCCUUUAGAGCCCAAAUUUGCCAAAACUAUCCUCCUGUCCUCCAAAUUCCACUGUACGGAAGAGAUUCUGACCAUCGUCUCCCUGCUGUCUGUGGAUAGUGUUCUUUACAACCCUCCUGCCCGGAGAGAUGAAGUGCAAAGUGUCCGCAAGAAAUUCAUAUCCAGCGAGGGGGAUCACAUCACCCUCCUCAAUAUCUAUCGGACCUUCAAAAACAUAGGUGGGAAUAAGGACUGGUGCAAAGAGAAUUUUGUCAACAGCAAGAAUAUGCUGCUAGUAGCUGAAGUCAGAGCACAGCUGAGGGAAAUCUGCUUAAAGAUGUCAAUGCCAAUCAUGUCAUCUCGAGGGGACAUGGAGAGUGUCCGCCGCUGCCUGGCUCACAGUCUCUUUAUGAGUACUGCUGAGCUCCAGCCAGAUGGCACCUAUGCCACAACAGACACACACCAGCCUGUGGCCAUCCACCCAUCAUCUGUCCUCUUCCACUGCAAACCUGCCUGUGUGGUAUACACUGCACUGCUCUGCACCAACAAAUGCUACAUGCGGGACCUCUGUGUUGUGGAUGCCGAGUGGCUCUAUGAGGCUGCCCCUGACUACUUCCGGAGGAAGCUGAAAACUGCCAGGAACUGAUCCACCCCAGGAUGCUGCCAGCAUGACUGGGCCUGGAUCUUAGAUCACAGCUAUUUUCCAAGGAGACUUGGGAGCUGGAGAAACCGCACAGUUUAAUGCAGCCAGACUUGCUGAGUUCAGGAACUUGAAAGUGUUGAUGAAACUCCAGACUCAGCCUUGUAGACAUGCUCAUACUCAGACUGGGAGAAACAAGACUUGUUCUUUGGGCUUGACUGGGCGAUUUUGAGUGACUGAAUUAACUUCUGAGCCUCAGUUUCCUCAUCUGCCAGAGGGGAAUAAGACUUACAAGUUCAGAGUAAUGAAGUUUAGAGAAAAUGAACAUUAAUUACCCAGAGAUUUGCCUGGCACAAGAUAAGACAAUCAGUGAAUUGUAAACCAUUGUGCUUUGUGAUACUAAUUAGGGACAACACAGCUCCUUGAGCUCUUGUCACUCAGGGAGGGCAAUGUUUCUGGGAGAGCCGUAGGAAGCUACAGAUCCAAUUGAUUGACCUCAGUGUUUCUCCCCCUUGCCUCCCUCCCCUCGUGGAACCCAGGGCCUCAUGCAUGCUAUGCAUACACACUCUGCCACUGAGCCAAUCCCCAGCCUUCACUGGUAUUUUAAUGUCUACCUGUGUGUUUUUUAAAUAGAAAACAGAAGAAACUGGCUCCCACAGACAUAGCCAGAGUAAGGUAUAUUCUGACUUGUUGACCUUCAUGGCACAUGGUGUAUGUAGCACAUUCUCCUGUGUGUCUCCAAGCAGAGACCAGCAGAGGAAUUCCUUGGUUGGUCCUCAGUGCCUCUGUAGUUGCAUGUCCUCAGCAAUGCUUUCUGAAGACAUGCAGGUCUCCUGAAACUGGGAAGCCAGCUUUUCAGUGCAAUGGCCUUGCAAGUCCAUGGUCAUUUUCUCUUUGACUGGGCACCUACGAAUGUGUGCACGUGAAGGAGGCUUCACACCCAUCUCAGCAGUCUCUGUUCAGAUGGGGCCCAGGUCAGAGCUGCUGGGUGGCAAGGAGGGGACAGACGCUUGAUGGCUCAGAAGCCAGAGUAUCACUUUGUCCUUUUCACCACCCCCAGACUUUGUAGAUUUGGUCUUAUUGAUAUUCAGGGUCCAUUUUUCUUUUCAGGAACCUGGGGACAGUUUUGCUAUAUCCUAACCAGAUGCCACUCUCAAACCUUAAUCGACUCCAUUUGUCGGAGGGAAGUAGAUAAGCCUCUCCCCAUCAUUUUCCUAUUUGGAAGAUUCACCUUAGUUGAUUGUUAGGAAUAAACAAUCCCAGUAACCCAACUGAGAGGGGAGGACUGAGGGUUCUAGGCCAGCCUGGGCUGGACCUUGUAUCUAAGUGGAGGAAAGGGGGAGGCCGAGAGCACACUUUCCCAGAACAAUGUUUGAACUUAGAGAUGGCCAAAUUUAGCCCUUUUAUUGUACUUAAUUGGUCCAGACGCAUCUCUACUACUAGGAUUUUGAAUUGCAUUGUUUAUAAGCAGGGGCCAAACUGCCUACAAGGUACUUCAUAGACAGUAGGCAGUUUCUUCUCUCUGGGUCCAACAAGCUCUUUCCAGAGAGCAUAGUGUGAGUGGGUACUUCCAUUCCCAGGUUAUUGAUCCACAGCUGUGUAUGUUGAGUCAGGUUUAGGCUUUAUUAUAACCCUAACCAUGAGCAAUCAAGCUUUUAGCCAAUGUUUUAGGGUUGUCUGGGUACUCAUGACAUUUCUUUGAUAAAAUGGUUACAUUACCAAGUUUCUGAAAAGCUCUCUGAAAGUUGGACCUUUUAAAGUGUAUUUUUCCGCCGGGCAUUGGUAGGGCACACCUUUAAUCCCAGCACUCGGGAGGCAGAGGCAGUCGGAUCUCUGAGUUCAAGGCCAGCCUGGUCUACAGAGCAAGUUCCAGGACAGCCUCCAAAACAAUACAGAGAAACCCUGUCGGGGGGGGGGUAUUUUUCCUAUAUACACAAAGGGGCUGGGGUAUUUAUUUAGCCUUGUAAGAGAAACUUUGUAUUUUUAAUGGAGCAUUCAUUAUGCUGGUUAAAGAAAACAAGGUGAGACAAUUUGUUCCCCAGCAAUGCACAGUUCCUGCUUUCCAGUAAACUAAUAGGGUGUUUUCUGGGUCAAGGAAAAAUUAGCUUACAUUGACUGAGUCCAGAACAAGCACUGGGAACGUAACAAGCAGUGACUAGCUGCAGUGAGUACUGGGCACUUCCCAGAAAAGGAGUGAAGGAUUCAGUUUCCGAGUAGCUUUAAUGUUUCUGUACAGAAUAUGUUCAUCACUUUAACAUUGUGGUAGAAUUUUAAUAGAAUAUUUAGUUUUUUAUUGGCCUUUUAAAACAAACUUUUUUAACAAAGCUGCUCAGGGAUUAAAUCAGAUGGAAACCCCAUUCUGACUCUACAUAUUACUACAGAGAAGUUAAUGAUUAUCUUAAGCUGCAGGACAGUACCCUUUAAGCUUUCUUAAGAAAGUAAAUUGGUUGAAGGCAGUGGUCACGCACGCCUUUAAUUCCAGCACUCGGGAGGCAGAGGCAGGCAUAUCUCUGUGAGUUCAAGGACAGCCUGGCCUACAGAGCAAGUUCCAGGACAGCCAGGGCUAUACAGAGAAACCCUGUCUCAAAAAAGCAAAAAAUAAAAAUGUGAAAUGUUUCAUUAUUUUACAGCAAUACACCCUGAGCUACUUUUCCAUUUGGUGAACUCUCUGACCUGAAGAAUCCAAUCUAGACAGUGCAGCCUCAGAAACAUGAAGGUGAAUAACCCUGGAACACCCAGGGCAAUGGUUUCAUUGCCCAUGAAAACCUUUGCACCUCUGCCAGCUCAAACAAGAUUCCAAAGCAGCAAAACAUUUACUGUGACACAAACCCUUGUACUCCAGCUACCAGGAUGUGUAUGAAACUAUGGCCAUGCAUCUAAGAUGCCAUUCCUUGAGCAUAUCCGCUAGACUGUACCUGUGGGGAAACCACUUUAUAUUGAUUGUUGUAGUGUAGAAAAAAAACUAAAGAGCAAAAAUAUCAAGUUGAUUUGAAGUUGUGCUGUACUCUAUCUGAUCUUAAACAACAUAUAACAGUUCUUGUGUGCAAUGCUUUUGACUAUCAAACCCAUAAAAGAAAUGAAUCUUUGUUUAUGACCUGUGUGGCCUCUUUUGUUGGGCCUCCUUUCUCUGGUUUAUAGAAUGUUUUUUAGAAUAUUAAACAUUAGUCUUAUUGCCAUUCA